GUUAAAUCCCGAGCAGGACCAGAGUCCACUUUGUGAGUCAUAACCUGAAGAUGAUAAGAGCUGAACAGCUUCCAAUCAGCAGCUGCAAAUGGUGACCAUAAACCGCACAGACAGGAUGUUCUGUUCAAACAUACGCUACACCUGCUCAUGGUCGACCCCACAUGGACUCUGUAGUGUGCAGAGAGACGCAGUGGAAGAAAAUGUGAAAGAAGAAGACUCGCUAAGAGACAACCGAGUAGAAUUAAUCACGAUCGCAAAGAGAGAAGCAAAUUACUGUGAUCAGAGAACCUCCAGUCAUGAUCAAGGUGGACCUGCAUACCAUCACCCAACCUGUGGGCAUCAUGCGAAUUGUGGCAACCAUCCUCAGCUGCCUGUUGUUCAGCCUGGUGGCAGCAGUGGGAUAUUGUGGAUCUUCCUACUGGGCAUGGUGCAUGUUCACCUGGUGCUUCUGCUGCUUCUUUUCCCUUCUAAUCCUCAUCCUGGAGUUCACCGGCCUCAGUACUAAAGUGCCUUUCAACUGGACUGACUUCACCUCUGCCUUUGCCAUGCUUGCAACCCUCAUGUGCCUGGCUGCCUCCAUCCUCUACCCCACUUUUUUCACCUGCAAGACCUGCUACCACCAGAUCGGUGCGUCUGUGGUGUCCUGGGUCUGUUUCAGCGUGUACGCCGGAGAGGUGGCUCUCAACUAUUUUCGUCCGAGCGGGCAGAACAGCGGAUUUCUUUCUACGAUACCUGGACUGAUGAAGAUGGUGGAGACUUUUGUGGCCUGUAUCAUCUUCACCUCCUUGGAGCCAGAGCAAUACAACUCCAGUGCACAACUGCAGUGGUGCGUGGCGGUGUACUCCUUAUGUUUCAUUUUUUCCAUCCUCAUAAUCCUGUUCCCAGUGGGACAGCUCGGGUCGUUUUUGCCAUUUUCCCUUGAAAUGUUUGUGAUCGUCUACAACAUCGUGGCUGCAGCGAUGUACCUGUCAGCUAUGGUGAUUUGGCCACUCUGCAGUUCCCAAAUGAAUAAGAGUAACUCUAGUCUUGAGUCUUGUUUUAAAUCGAACUCGACUGUUUGUAGGAAAGUUGAGUGUUCUAAUAAACUGGUGAUGGUCACCAUCAUGACCAUAAUUAACUUCAUUAUCUACACCCUGGACAUCGCCUACUCUAUACGUGUUGUGUUCUGCAUCAGUGACCAAUGAAGCUACUGAUUGUUCUUAAAGAGAUUCAUUGGAUUUUGUGACACUGGUGUGUAUUGUGUUAGAUCCACACAUAAUGUCAUGUCACACAUGAGGAUUACUGGUUGCCCAAAAAUGUCAAGAUAGUUAAUGAAUGAUCCACAGAUACAGCUCAACCAGCAGGACUUUGGAUCCUGAUAUACAAGACUGCAGAUAAUAAUGAAAGGCAUCAGUGGGCUGAUGCAUACUGUGCAUGCUGUACACACCCAAUAUAAAUGUACAAGUAAAUAUACAUAUGUCUGUAAUGUGUCUUUUUUAAUCAAUGCAUGAAUUCACCACAUGACUUCUGUGUGACUUCAUUAUGAAGUUGUUAAUACCAAUCAAACAUAAAUAUUUUGCUGAGCAGUAUAUGCUGUCGAUCAUCCAUCUUGGCUUCUUGGUUGCUGAGAUAUACAAAAAAA